AUAUAUAUGUCAGAGUUAACCUGAACCUGAGAUUCUAGAAUUCUAAAUCUGAAACGUGUUCACUUGAACGUAAACAAAGUUGUCAUAGAUUAAAAAUAUAAAUAAUUAAUUAAAUUAAAUACUAUAAAAUGAAGACCAAUAUUAUUUUUAUGGUUAUACAUUUAUUAUGCGUAAUAAAUGUUUAUUGUAAUGAAGAAAAAAAAAGUAAAUCGUGGAAAGAUAAAAAUAUCAUAGAUAUGACUGAUGCUGACAUGGAAAGAUUAUUUGAUCAAUGGGAGGAAGAUGAGGAACCAUUGGAACCGGAUGAAUUACCAGAACAUUUGCGUCCGCAGCCACAGAUCGAUAUAUCACAGAUCGACGCAUCAGAUCCAGACAAUUUAUUACGCAUGACUAAAGUCGGUAAAAGUAUUAUGAUGUUUGUUGAUUUAAAAAAAGAUUUAACAGACAACGAAGCUGAUAAUAUAUUCCGUAUUUGGCAAGGAAGCUUACAAAAUAAUCACAUUAUUGCUGAAAGGUAUCCUAUAGAGCCAAAACGUGCAGUUUUCAUGUUCCGUGAAGGGUCACAAGCCGUGGAUGCUAAAAAUUUCUUAAUAGAACAACCGGAACUAGAACAUGUCACUCUAGAAGGUCAAAUUUAUUACGGAAAAUCUUCAUCUGAGAAAAAUAAAAAAGAUAAAACUGAAUUGUAAAAAAAAUUUAGCACAAAUUAAAUUUCAUUCCAGUGUAAAAAAAAAAGAACAAAAAUAUUUUUUAAUUAAUUAAUAAAUAAAUAAAUUUUUUUUUAUAUUACAUUGUGAGUUUAUGUUUA